ACGCGCGUAUGUCGCCGUAAAAGCAUUCGUGGCAUCCGCCGCGACGCGAGGAUGAGCGCCGCCGAGACGUCGAUCUGCAUUUCGGUGCUGUGCAUCUACGUGCUCAGGGCGACACCGCCGCCCCGCGCCACCGGUCGUUUGGCUUACGCGAAGGAAGCUUCCUUGUCGAUCAUGCCGAGCGGGGAGACGCAGACGAAGCCAAUCGGCUCCAGCAUCAUCCUGACGUGCAAUCCGGAGGUCGACGACACGAAACUCAUCAGCGACAUGCAAUGGCUCGAUCCGCAGAAUCGUGUGAUCGAGUCUCUCAAACUCGUCGUCUUACCGAUCGCAAGCACGUUUACGGGCCAUUCGAAGCCAUCCAUGUACACGGAAUUGCACCAGGAUAACAAAUUGGCUCUGUUCUUCAACUCUCUGCAAGAGGAGCAAGCUGGGAAGUACACGUGCAAGGCCACUUAUGCUAAUUCGGUAUUUCUGAACAAGUCUGUGACGAUCGACACCAUAGUUGCGAUCACAUGGGACAACGCACCACUCAAUCAAUACCCUAUUCUGGGACAAGACUCCUCUAUUCAAUGCAAAGUGCAUGCAAGGCCUUCGCCCUCCGUUGACUGGCUGUACAACGGUGAAUUAAUUAAGACGAACGACCACUACAUUAUUGACACGUAUGCGUUGAAGAUCAAGAACGUCCAAGAAUCUGACGACGGCAUCUACACUUGUCGGGCCUCCGUACUGGUUACUGGAGAACUCAAAGAACGACCCAUUCGAGUCGAGGUCCUCGUGAGACCCACGAUCGAAGAGCUCUCCAGCCCCGUGAACAUAAUCGAAGGGGAAGACGCGAAUAUACAGUGCAAAGCCCACGGCAAACCGCCGCCAAAGUUCACCUGGGUGAAAUCCCUGACGCAGCAGAAUCUAUCCAACGCGGAUCGCUUCGGGGUGGACGCGGAUACGGGGGUGUUGACGAUCACGAACGUGAAUCGCGACGAUGCCGGCGAGUACGAGUGCAUGGCGACCAACCACGCCGGGACGGCGAAAACGAACAUAAGGGUGAACGUGAUAGUGAAACCCAAGAUCAUGGAGUUUUUAAACACCACCGUGGUGCAGGGCAAGGAGGCGACCAUCGUUUGCAAAGCUUUCGGUCGACCACCGCCCCAGGUGAUGUUCAGGAAGCACACCUCCGACAAGCCCUACGCGAUGGGGUUGCAACCCGACGACGACAGGAUAACUGUGACCAACGUCGCCGACGACAUGACCGGGGAGACCGUGGGAAUGCUGACGAUUCAGGAGACUCUGAGAUCAAACGAUGGUUUGUACGAGUGCAUCGCCGAGAAUACCGGCGGCGAGGCGCGCAGAAACGGUCAUCUGACGGUCGAGUUCCCACCUUCGUUCGCUUCCAUGUCAAACAUGACCGUCUGGUCCUGGGAGCAGAGGCAAGUGAACAUCAGCUGCACUGCCGAGAGCAUACCCAACGCAACCAUUCGCUGGACGAUGCACGGCGAUCAUCCGAUCAACGACGACGCGAUGAUCAAGCAGCUGGGUCAGGGACCGAUCUCCACUCUGAUGAUCGUGCCUCUGGACAGACGGUACUACACCACCUACAAAUGUAUCGCCUCGAACCCUCACGGCACCAAGGAGCAUGGCAUCGAGCUCAGGGAGGCCACCAGGCCUGGCGAAGUGAUGCAGGCGAGAAUGGUCGAGAUCACCGCCACUACCAUCAGGUUUGAUCUGAUGCCACCAUCCACGCACCCCGAACUACCCGUGCGAACGAUCACUGUCCAGUACAAGGAGAGCUUGCAGACUUGGACGGAGGCUAGGAACAAAACAUGGUCCGUUGAUUCCCUGUACGUGAUCGAGGGCCUCGAGCCGCAGACCCAGUACGAGUUCCGUUUCGCGGCGAGGAACGAGGUGGGUUUGGGCAACUGGGGAGCGCAACUGCGCGAGAUGACACCGGGCAAGACGUUCCCCAACGAGCCAAAGAUAAUAAGGUCGAGCACCGGGGAGUACGAGCUAUCCAAGUUCAACGACCAAUACCAGUUGUCGUGGCUGGUGCCAGCCGACAACGGCGAGCCGAUCGACAUGUAUGAGAUCAAGUAUUGUCAAAUAAAGUACGUGUCUGGCGAUUGGGAGUUGCUGGAGAACACCUGUCAAACGGAGAAGCUGAAGACGCAGGGAAGGACGAGGCACUAUUUGAAACACCUGAACCCGGACACGUACUACAAAGUGGAACUGAAGGCGCACAACGCGAUGGGUUACAGCAAACCCGGAUCAGCGAAGUUUAAGACUGCAAGAGAAUCUACGGGCCUCAAUCUGGACUACAAUAUAGUUACUUCCGCUGGAGGUACUCCCAAGCUCGCCGUGACCGCCAUUGCUACAGCAAUAACGAUUCUAUCCCUAGCCAUUUAAAACAGAAAAAGCAAAAAAAAAAAGAAAGAAAGAAAGAAACGAAAAAACACACGAACGAACUGUUCGCGCCUCUUAUCUUUCCGUUUAAAUGUACACGUUAGAAGUGGUAUUAUGCGAAUCGUACGUUUCCGGGGGAGUACACCAGAGACACACACGAGCACGAUGGACGAUAAAAAAAAAAAAAAAAAAAAGAAACGAACACUUCUCGUGUGUAUAAGUUUUCCGUGUACAUCGAGUUUUUUGCCUGAUUACGACGCGUUAUCGUCCAGAUCGCGCGUCGCGUGAAAAUAAAGAAAUCGGCGAACAAUCGCACGCCGCGCGGUUCACGAUCGUGAAGCGAGGGGGUGCUCGCUUCUAGACCGGUGCACAACAUUCCUGAGGUGAAGAGAACGCUUUUUUUUUUCUCUCUCGUUUAGAGGAUAAGUGGGUUCGUGUAAAACUAGUGAGAAAGAGAAGUGAGACGAAAACCCGGAGCGAGAUGUGUAUUUAUACAAAUGGUACCUUGUUGAAAACUGCUCACCGUUAGCAAACGUACUGGUACGUUUUCUUUAUUUUUCUUUUUUUUUUUUCUUUCUUACGUUUGUUCUCGUAUUCACGCCAAGAACAAGCACUCGCUGGUUCUUUCGAUGAUUCGCGUGUGUUCAGAGUCGAUCUGACCGCGGAUGGUCGAGUCGAUCAGGUCGACAACGUCUUCGCAGGAAAAGACGAGCGAGCGUGAAAGGAACAACGUUCGAACACCAGUACCAGAAUUAUUUUUAACAUCGUCGAUUCGUCGCGUAUUCGAUCACGAGAAAAAACGGACGACGGCGAUUCGGAUCGUCGCGAACGAGCCUCCGUUUUCGUUGACGCGCGGCUCGAUGGCGAUGCUGUUCUUCCCUUUUUGUAUGAUAAUGUGCUUCCAUUCGAGGAGUUCGUUGUUGUACGAUUAUCAUUGGCGGGGGAGGGGAAUUCCUCCGAGGAGUGGACUCGGUUCAAGUGGUUCUGUCUGUGUAGUUGGAUCAGAAGUGGCCAAGUCUGGUCCGUAGAAUAUCAGUAUUUCGGGAGGAAAAACUCUGGAAGUUACAAGGGACGCGACGCUAGCGCCACGUACGAUAGCGUCUCGACUCUCGUAACUUCCAGAGCUUCGUCUCUGCGAGGUCUCUGAACAUCCAAUUCCAAUAAAUCGAUUAAAAUAUUAUUUUUGGUAGUUAUUUCCCGUUUCUAUCUGAAAUAAAAUUAGCCCAGGUGUGGAUAGAGUAUCGUUUGAGGUGGGCGAUCGCCUCGGAGGCGUUCUCCUCGACUGCCAAUGAUCCAUUUUAGCGUACAGUGAGAGGCUUCGCGGGCCUAAUAUUUACUGCCUUGAAUUUGCCAAAUGCGUAGUGCUAGAAACGCGGAGAGUGCGUCGUCGACCUAUCGACGACGAUGAGGGUGGAACGCGCGUACAAUUUCUGUUCUCGAGGGAGGGCGCAAGAGACGAGGUUCGGAGGCUUCUGUAUUAAUUCCGAGGGAAUUUCCCGACCUCGCGCCACUGUGGCGGAAGUACAAAUAUUUUUGGAGGGAAAUUUUCACGCGGUCCGAUCUCGCGACGAUGGAGAACACACCGCGCGCAUCCGGAGGAGAUCGGAAACGAGGGGUUGGAAAAUAUGGUACCUUUUAGAAAUUAUGUUUGAAGUCGAGGUUGGAAUUUUAUGGAAUGUCUACCUAUUAACACGAAGCGAACAUAGUAAACUGCAAACCUACGAAAUUUUAAUAGAAAAUUUUGAUUCGUUCAAAAGUUGUAGGCAACUGUGUGGAGUGCCGUGGAGUUCACUUUUGCCUGAACUGGUUGAGAAGCAAUAUUAUAAUAUAGUAUAUAUAUAACAGUUCAAGGUAGUAGACGAACAUUUCAUAAAAUUGCAUACCCAUCUGCAAAUACAAUUUCCAAAAUCUAGCUAAUUUUUCAGCCGAUCAUCCCAUCGUAACCCCUUAAAACAGUGAUUCUUAACCACUGAGACCACGGCGUUCAUCGAUAGAUUAGAUUAGAUUCUAUUUGAUAAAAGAUGCACAAUUUUGAAAGAGAGAUGUCCAAUUAUGUUGGGUGUAACUCGCGCAGUGAACCCAGAUUCUCCUUCUAAAUUGUCCACGCGAGUCUCGAAAGGUUAAGAAUCGUCGUUUUGAAUCCGACACACCUCGAAUUUUCCCAUUCCGCGAGAAAAUCCGUUUUCGUCCGAGCUUGGACAGCCCUGAGGCCCGUGCAGGAUGCCCUGCCCGCGGGUCCGCAAUCGAUUCUCGUUUUCUUUCGGGCGCGAGUCGACGUUCGCGGACGCGUCUCGACAUCCGCGACGCGUUUGGAGCCAAAGAACCGCAGAUACUUAAAUCAACGCUUCUCGUGUUCAACGCGAAACCCGCUGUUUGCUCGCGAGGAUAAGAUUCCACGUGACACGAUCCCCGAGGGUAGCGAGAGGAUCUCGGAGAGAGCAAUAUCUGCACGAACGGGGGAGCACGCCGAUUUAACCAUAUUAUAGAUUGCGCAUCAAUUAGUGUUUAGUAUUAUUAAUUCUUUUAUUUUUUUUUUGGGUUCACUUCAGCCGAUCGCAUACGAUUUUUUUUCUCUCUUCUUGUCUACUUUUUGUGCGUUGUGUUAUAUUUUUUAUUUGUAUUUUUCUUAUUUUUUUUUUUUUUUAAAGAAACAAAUAUUUUUUUUUUUUUUUUGCAACUUUCGUUAUUUGGGGUUAAAGUUUUAUUACCGAGUCAUCGGUUAGUCCUGCUUGAUUAGCUCUUGGACCAUACGUGUUUUAGUGCGCAUGAUGUGUGUUAUGAUUACGAUUACUAUUAUUAUUACUAUUAUUAGUGUUAGCGUUACGAUUACUUUUACCGUUACUGCUACGAUUAUUAUAUUAUUACGGCGUACACGACAGGGAUGGGCGGUGUUUUGUUUCGCGAAAAGUAUUCGACGGGUACCUCGCUAAUUUGUACUCUGUCGAACGAUUCGAAGCAACCUGAACGAUAAGAUACUUUUUCUAUAAAUUUAUAAAUUUUGUACACUUUUUACGAAACCUUUACAUAGUUCGUUAUUUGUAAGCGAUUUAUAGAUUUAUACAACCGUCGUAGAUACUUUGGUUGUACUUCUGGAAGUUUGGUUGUUCGCUUACUUGUACGCACAAAAUUUGCUUACGGAAAGACUUACAAAAAAAUUGACGAAUAAUACUCAUAUAAGUUUCUAUUAUACAAAACACGAAGAACAAACGCAACACUCAUACCACGUACACAUGAAUAUAUAUUUGAUUCCUACAGAGUACAAUAUACCAGGUACUUGUUAUAAACAUUGGAUAUAUACAUUCAAUAUCUCCAGCAUUCCUCAAUAACAAAAACGAUUCGAACAUGUCCGUCCCUGCUGUACAUUGCUGCUACCGUCUACUAUAAUUAUUAUUGUUAUUAUUAUUAUUAUUAUUAUUGUUAUUAUUAUUAUUAUCAUUAUUAUUAUCAUCAUCAUUAACGUCACUAAUAUUAUAUCUCGAAUCGAACACUGAUCACCUAUUGUACAUCGUACCGUCAUUACCAUUAGUAUUAUCGGUAUCCGUCGCGAGUGUUGCUGAUUUUCGUUAGGGACGUGAAAACCCGACGAUAGGUGCUCCCGGCGUCGCGACGACUCGAAGUUUCCGGACGACUCCGUCGUGUGAGAUAAUAACACGAAGCAAAAUCACGCAAACCGUACUUGUCAACGUCGAAUCGAUCGACCAACCCAGAGAGCCAAUCGUCCCAACGAAUGCGACGGGUUCGUCGAACUUCGAUCCGUCUCGUUUCGCUCACUUGCCUGGGUUCUUCUUAGAUGUUAGAUUAUAUCGCAUGGCAUGCGCUUGUAUCGUUUCAGUUUCACUCCACUCCCAACCCUUUCCCUUUCCACCUUUUCAUCCCUCGCCACUUUUCGCGUGUCCAAUUAGCGCCGUUCGCCAGCGUUUCGUUGGGCGAGACUUCUUCAUUCCAUCGAGAACACCGUAACUUUUCUUUUCUUGUAUACCCGUGUCGAAAGGAUUCCGUGAUCGGUUUUAUGUGUAUGGUGUAAACGUUUAGACGAGUCCGUGUGUGUUUAGGUGUAGCGCAAAUUGUGAGUACCGAGGCUGCGAGACCGUUCGACACGUGACGACGGGCGUCUUCGUGAUCGUCGAGGAUCCCGAGGGUUACGGUUUCCAGGUUGCGUUUGGAAUUUGCAAUUGAUAGGCUAGGUACCCUCUGAAAAGGUGUUCGGUUAGAGUGGAACCUUUAGAACAAGGAUGCUGAUCGGUCCAUACCGAUCUUCGUGUGAGGUCACCUGGAGGCAGGAGGUGGCUGUCGGGUGUUGAUCUUUGAGAGUUGAAUUUUAAGAUAAAAGUGAAUUUUACACCAGGUUUUUUUACGCCCUGUGCAAUCCAUCAGCCCUUCCGCGACAGAGCGAUGCAAGAAUCUCGAUGUUCUACGAAUAUAAAUAGCGCUUCGUAGGUUAACAGUCGCGUGUUGAACGCUCGUCCAGUCUCGCGUUUAGAUUCAUGUAAACGACCCAGACAGUUGUGUCUCGUGUAUAUUGUGACUCGGCCUUGUGGACAAAGAUGCAAACGUAGUAUGGCUUUAUCGUUAAACGAUCGACGACGAUUCGUUCACGACGAGCGAGGAAUGCGUGUAUCAUGUAUAUUAUAGAAAAUCAGUAAGCCAAGGAAUCUCAUAAAAAUCGUUCAGAAUCGAAAGUAGUCGAUAACCGAAGAGCCUCCGCUGUGCGAUGAAAAAAUUCCGUGGUUCCGAAGGAGGCAGCAGGAAAGUUCGUGUCGAGCCCACCUCCGUCAGGAUGGAAAUGGGAAUUUAAAAGUCUUUUCGAUCGCGUGAACCACGGAACGUAGGAUUACUGUCGGCGUUAGAGUAAUGCAACGUUGCGUUUGUAAGAAUUGGAAAAUAAAUAUUUAUUGGAAAAUG